AUGGAGGGUGCAGAAGAGAAGAAGAAGAAGGUUCCUGCCGUGCCAGAAACCCUCAAGAAAAAGCGAAGGAAUUUCGCAGAGCUGAAGAUCAAGCGCCUGAGAAAGAAGUUUGCCCAAAAGAUGCUUCGAAAGGCAAGAAGGAAGCUCAUCUAUGAGAAAGCGAAGCACUAUCACAAGGAGUACAGGCAGAUGUACAGGACGGAGAUUCGCAUGGCUAGGAUGGCAAGAAAAGCUGGCAACUUCUACGUACCUGCCGAACCCAAAAUGGCAUUUGUCAUCAGGAUCAGAGGUAUCAAUGCAGCUUCUCUGCCUUCGCCAGAUCUUCAAUGGCACCUUUGUCAAGCUCAACAAGGCCUCCAUCAACAUGCUGAGGAUUGUGGAGCCUUACAUUGCUUGGGGGUACCCAAAUCUGAAGUCGGUGAAUGA